UCAUCCUGAACUCUUGGCCUGCUCAGAGACCGCGAACGCCCACCAUAGCAACGGGCCCGUCAAACCCCUCCGAGUAGUGCAAACAAAGUCGGUGCGAAUUCUGUGCAGAUGGCCAAAGCUACAUGUGUGCUAUAUAGCUAGAAACCCUCAGGUCGACUUCAGCCUGUUCUUCACUUCACAAAACAGUUUGUUUCGCUCUUAUCCAUUCUUUUCGGUGCUGUGCGCUGCUUUUAUCCGCCUAUUCUAAUAAUUCUACAUCACUACACGCUCAUUUAGCCAAUUUUCUGUUCUCAUAAUGAAGACCGUCUAUCCUCUUCUUACUAUCCUUUGUUCGACCUUUGUAGCAUCAGGCCCGGUGCCUAUACGCGAAUAUGCUAUCCCUAAUGACAGACUCUCUGUACGGACCGAGCACUUGGUGGAGCCACCUCCGGCGCCAAUUCCACACACUCCGGUGAAUACUGCUCCCACCCCGUCUCCAACGCACAGCACAAGGCAGCCGCUGACAAGGCUGCUGCGGAACACAAAGCAGCCGCUGACGCCAUGGAGGCAAUGCACGUCGCUAAAGCGGAGGCUGAACAGAAGGCCCAUCAAGAGGAAGAUGGAGGAGGAACACGUAGCCAAAGCUCAAGCUGAGCAGUUGGCGCAUCAAGAAGCGGCCAAGAAAAUGGAAGAGAUGCAUGUUGCCAAAGCCCAAGCCGAGCAGUUGGCUCAUCAACAAGCCGCCAAAGAGAUGGAGGCAAUGCAUGUGGCAAAGGCAGAGGCCGAAGCUAAGGCACAUCAAGAAGCCGCCAAACAGAUGGAAGCAAUGCACGUUGCGAAGGCCGAAGCCGAGGCGGCCGCACACAAAGCUGCAGCGGACGCUAAAGAACUCGCACAUCAACAAGCUGCACAGCAGGCCGAAGCAGAGCAUCAAGCAAAGGCAGCAGCGGAAGCAAAGGCCCAUCAGGAGGCCGCUGCUGUUUUACCGCCACCACCUCCUCCAACACAUGCAGCCCAGGGUCCCGUUCCCGAGCACACUGUUGCAUCGCCUACGCCCGCUGGGCAUGUUUCUCCCCAAGUCGAGACGCCGGUCGUACAUGCCGCUGUGAAUCUUACGGUUCGUGCACCGAUUGAAAAGCAUAGCAACGCCUUCCGUGCCGUUUUAUGAGUCCGAAUCCGCAGCAUACACGCAUAUAACGAGAUGCAGAUGAUGAUUUCCAGCGAGAAAUCAGCGUUCACUCAUACUUUGGAAGCGUACUGUGAAGA